UCCGGAUGAAAGAGAGUCCAUUAAAGCUCUGUCAUACAUCAAGCAGAAGUGAGAUCAUUGGAGUUAAAAAUAUCCAUCCCGUGCCAGAACAACUCAAGUACUGCAGCCGAGACAACUCGUCGGUGCGCGCGUUGCCAACAUGCAGGAGUGGACGAGCGAAGUCAACACUGGCACCAUCACGGAAUGAUGCGUGUUCCCUUCUAUAUUCUGACUGUGGCUCACCUGAUCCGUGCUGCUGCCGCCGGGACAGAGCGGUUCGGGUCCGGACGCAGGACCUGCAGACUCUACUGCAGAGUCGGCAUCGGCUUCCAUCUGCAAAUCCAUCCCGACGGCCGAGUCAACGGGAGUCACGAAGCCAACCACUUAAGUGUUGUGGAGCUUUUCGCCAUGUCCCAGGGUGUGGUCGGCAUCAGAGGAGUUUCCAGUCGCAGGUUUCUGGCCAUGAACUAUCGAGGACGCCUCCACGCCACUGAAGGGUUCUCUGAGGACUGUGUGUUCCAGGAGAGCUUCCAGAAGGACGGCUACAACACCUUCUCGUCUGUGGUCCACCGGGGCCCGCGGACUGCCCGGCCCUGGCUCGUAGCGCUCAACAAGAGAGGGAGGGCCAAGAUGGGCUCCAGCCCCCGCGUCAAAACCCAACAUGUCUCCGCUCACUUCCUGCCGAGGGCCACCCAGCAGCCCUACGAGGAGCGGGGUUUCAAGACCUACAAAACACCUCAACCACUUCCAAUGUCAAAGGUCACGGCCCGGAGCACCUCCAGGCAGGGGGCCGCACAAGUCAAGUACUGGCCCAAGUACCGCUGGGGUUAGAGGUCAAGUACUGGCCCAAGUACCGCUGGGGUUAGAGGUCAAGUACUGGCCCAAGUACGGCUGGGGUUAGUGGUUAAGUACUGGCCCAAGUACCACUGGGGUUAGAGCUCAAGUACUGGCCCAAGUACCGCUGGGGUUAGAGGUCAAGUACUGGCCCAAGUACCGCUGGGGUUAGUGGAUGGGAUACAAGGAAAUGGAUUUGAUCUGAACAAAUCUAAACUGCGACUGUGAAAUAACCAAGGCGACUAACAUCUGCACAGCUUUGCCAAGUGAACAAUCAAAUAGUAUUUGCACACUUUUAAUAUUUAACAUCUUGUGUAGUUUAAUGUUAAUGUGACUUUUAUGUCAUGUCAUCCAUCCGACAUGUGAUCUAAUGGACUGAACGAUGUCAUCCAACAGACAGACUGACUGAAAGAUUUGGUAUUAUUUCAUCAUGUCAUAAGUAAAAAAUUACAUACAUAUAAUAUAUAUACAUAUUGUGACCCGAUUUGAAAUGGUUAAAUUCAUGUUUUUUCAGUAUAAUAUGUUUAUGCACUAUUUUAUUAUUGAAUGUUUUAUCACUCUUAAAAUGGUUUAUUUAUGUUUUAUCACUAUGUUUAGGCACGUGUAUAAUGUUUUAUAAUAUUUGGAUUUAGGAAUAUCAGCAGUAACACUGCCCUGCCACUAGAUGGAAACAUGGAGUAACACAUCUUAAAACAAAGUAAUGUUAAACCCCUUCCAAACUACACUACAGUAAAAUACAAUGGGCCUUGUAAACUAAACAAAAAUAAUACGUUUCAAUGUAACAUUUAGAAGCCUGAAUAAUCUAGACAUGCAAAAAAGACAGACAAUAAAGAGAUGUUAUUUCUCUUCCAUAUACAAAUAUAUUUUCUUAUAAAGCUUAUAGUACAAGCACUUCUUUUGCAACAUCAAAACAUGUACAGGGGCAGACACAGUGUUAAUGAACACCUGAGCUCCUGCAGCCCACUAAAUCAGGGUCUUUUGAAGGCACAUAUAGUCAUAUAGAAAAUAAAACCAAAGCCUCUAAAACAUAACAAAGUUAAGUAUUUCAUAUACAAUUCUAAACAAUUUGCAUAACCAUCUAUGAAUGAUGACAUGUUUUUUUUAUCAUUGUUUGGGUUCGACAUUAUGAACAUAAAAUAUAUCCCAAUCAACGCAUAAAAAUAGAAGAGUUUUCUCACUGAAUACGUUAUCAUCGACAUAUAGUUCAUUAUAUACAAACAAUGUACAAGUCUAUAGAAAAAACAUUAGUCUCUAUAUAUCAAUCUAUCCGUUCAGAAUAAAUACUUUGGCCUUAUCCGCUUCCCGUGGCAAUAGAAAAAGUGGUUGGCUAGACGCCUUAGGUUCUAAACGUUCUAAUUGUCAACGUAGAACAUGCAAGAAAAGUCCUUGGCCCUCUUAAAGCUCUUCAAAGAGGUCAUUUUAACAGUCUUAGCCUUGGUGGAAGGCUAGAGGAAGAGAGAUGAUCAUUAUGAUCAUAGUUCAGAACUCAGGGCUUAUUAUAACCAAGGGGCGGCUGAUUCCAGAUCAGCAAUAUUUUUAAGAGGUUCUUAGAUAACUUUAUUAGUUUGACGAGAUCCAACCGUAUCUCAAUAACAAUUGAGACAAAAGUUGAAUUUGAUCCCACAUACUUUCCUAUUGUUUUUAUGCUGUCAAUGUACAAUGUGAAAUACAAAUGUGCUAAAGCUUCAACUUUCUAUAGUUAGCAUAGCAAUUUAGCAACAAAAAUAUUCUGUUACACAGCUAGUCACAUUUUGUCACCUUUCUACCAUCGUUGUAGCAACAGUAGCCUCCUGCCACCUAGCUAGCGAUACUUUAGAAACAAUAACGUCCUGUCACCUAGCAAGCGAUACCGUAGCAACAGUAGCAUCCUGCCAAAAAGCGAGCGAUACCGUAGCAUCAGGAGCAUCCUGUCACCUAGCUAGCGAUACCAUAGCAACAGUAAUAUCCUGUCACGUCUUUAUAGCGUUGCUGCAGAAUCAGUAACCGUCUGCCACCUAGCUAACAUC